CGCAAUAUUAAAGGGUGAUUAAUCCUCUAAUUAAUUCUCAAAGGAAUUUGUAUCUAUUUCCCUCUUUAAAAUUAAUUUAUGUAAGAUUAAUACUCUAACUAAUUUCCCUGUUUCUGAAUUUUCGUUGAUGAAGAAUAGAGGAUUGGGAUUUAAUCUCUUUGUGCAUUAAUUAAUUCUUAUUGGUUCCAAUUCCAUCGCCGGCAGAAUCGCCAACGGGGGGAGCAUGGUGGUCCGCCUUCUGAGGUCGGACGGGGUCCGCCCGGCGACGUCGGACGGGGACCGCCCACCGGCGUCGGACGGCCCGGUGCCUGGCGUUAACGACGCAAAUGACGAUGAUGGGAAGACGAUGAAGGGAGCCGACGUUCCGAGAGAUGUUUUGGGGUUGGAUCGUCGUUGGUGGGGAUUUGUGGUCGGCAGGGAUUCCCGACAAAGGAGGAAACUGUCGCACGGGUCGUACGAUGGCUCGUCGUCUUCGGCUAUGCUAUAAGGAUCGUUUAUUGAUGAAUUUGGCGAAAGAGAUGAACAAUGGGGAAAUGGAGGAUUUACAGGGAAGUAUCGAAAAAGAGAAGUCUGGUUUCUAUAGACUACAACUAACUCGGAGAAAGGGAAUGUAACUAGCUGUUUACACAAUUGGCCAAAGAUACCUCUCGCCUAACAGCUGUAGCUAUUUGUACUUAUCUAUCUGCACACGUCAUCACGUCAGCAGCUCGGGUUGUUACAAACUGUCACAUCCCGAUCUCUAAAACCCUCAAAUAACAAUUUUGCUCUGGAGCAUAAUUAAAAUUUUGAAAGAAAGAAAUAAUAAUGUGAUCGAAAUACCAAUACUGAAAAUACACCUUAUAAUUUAAAAGCAAAGCCCUAACAUUUGGGCAAACCUCAAUCCAUAAAGUCUUAUCCUUUUAAAUCUCCAGUCAUUACUCAUGAUCAUAAAGCAAAUAACUAAAGAUUACAAAUGUUGCUUACUCCGAUCUAUGGUCAGACAUCUUCAGAAGUGCUCACGUGGUCCUCCUCUGUUAGCCUGCUCUCUCACUGGAUGCUCCUCGACUGGAUGCUCUCUAGAUCCUCUUCUACGACCUGGUGAGUGGGUUGGGGUCAGUCUACGCCAUUACUUAAACUUGAAGCACUUACGGGUAUUCCCUUAACUGUUCACCUCAAAAACUUGUGGAAGUUGUUCAUACUUCCACCCUUUAAAUUUUAACCCUUAAAAACGUGGGAGUUGUUGUUACUCGCUACCCUCAAAAAAAAAAAAAAAAACUUAAACCUUUGACCGACACUGGGAUCCCCUCACUAACUAGUCCAGCCGCCCAGCUCAUACGAAUGAGGCCCAACAUAGGCCUUUCCUUAAACCUUUUUAUGGGAGUAAUCGAUUCAACCCCAUAAACCUUAAGAGUAUAUCGUACUCUUCCUUUAAACUUCAUGUGAUGUCUAAGUGAUUCAUCCACAUGUUCCUUAAGAGCAAACUUGCUCUUCCUUUAACUUUCACUGAGGCGGGGGACUGGCGUUAGUGAACUACCUUUAAAUCUUUUCACCCUAAUUUAAUUAGGAGUGAAAUACCUCUUAAAUGUUGAUCCUUAAAGAUCAACCAACCUUCAUUAAAUAAACACAAUAUAAAAGCUUCAAAUAAAUACCGAAAGCUAAAAUAAUCAUAUGCUUCACAAUCAUAACUCAAAUAGAGCAUCUCAGAUAAUAUAUCAAAUAAAACAUGCUUUAUCAAUCACGACAUAAAUCAAUCACUGGCAUACAAUUCACAUGAACACACAUACUUAAAACACGUAAGUCAAAUACUUGAAAAUACGUAAGGCGUAGAAUUUACCCCCUUAAUCCACUCACCUUAUUUGGUCGAGCAGUUAAACUUGAUCUAGCCCCCCCGUCAAAGGAUCGAUGCUCAAGAGAAGAUGAUUCGCCUUGUCAACUUAUGGCGAAUACUGAGAUUAGAUCGGUUGGGUUUCGGGUACUUAGCGACGGUUUUCUCGACGUGUGACUACUUUGCAAGAUGUGCAAAGUACGACAUACUAAUAUACCAAUUAAUAUAAUAUACUUGAAUCAUAAUUCUUUAAACCCAACACUUUUAAUUUAAAGUCCAAGUUAAUUUAAAUCAUUGAACAACUAAUUAUGCUAGGAUAGCUUACGUAGUUGAAAUCGAACCUCGAUUAGGUCAUAUAAGAAGGCACAUUACUCUACUAGAGAAAUCACUAGCUUUAUCAUUUAACUGCAUAUAUCAAUAGGACUAAAUUACUAUAUCAUGUUUACUUUUACUAGAGAACUUAACCCUAGUAUUCUCGUUGGAAAAACUAAAUUGGACAAUCCAAUUUACGGACUAGAUUAAUUAACUUAUAAUUUGUUA